AUGGAAAAAUUCGGUUAUCAUAUUCACAAUGAUCUUGCCCUUUCCAUUUUAUUGAAAUUGCCUCUUAAAUCUUUGAAACGAUUUAAUUGUGUAUGCAAAUCAUGGUCUCAAUUAUUUGAAAAUCCUAAUUUCAUGAGUAUGUAUUGGAGCAAUUUCAUCACUAGUAAUCACUCUUCUUAUCAGGAUGUUUUAUUUCUCCUCAUACCAAAAACUAACGAAAACAAGCAUCCCGGGUUAUACUCUCUUUCUGGAGAGAGGUACGAAAAUAAGGUCAAAUUAGACUGGCCACCCCCAUUUCAAGAAGAUGAUAGAGGUAUGGGUAUGAUGGGUACUGUUAUUAACGGCAUUGUUUGUCUCUACCAAUGUCGAAUGCCUAAUGUUGUAUUAUGGAACCCAACCACCGAGGAAUUCAAGGUCAUUCCUCCCAGCCCUACUGAGACCCCAGUAAUUUACGAGGAUGAAUGUUUUGAAUAUCAUGGAUUUGGUUAUGACCUUGUUCGAGAUGAUCGUGGACUAAACUUUACAUUAUUGGGCCUAUACCUUGCAUUGAGCAUCCUAUUGGAGAGGGGAAAAAUGGUGAUUUAUUCUUUAGAAGAAAAGAUGGUGAAAUAG